AUGGUUCCGCCUGCUCGGAAGUUCUGCCUGUUUGAUACCACCAAAACCACAUUUAAAAAGACACGUCUUUACAAGGAUUCAAGCAAACCGCGUAAAAAGCUGGAUAAUUUAAGCAACAUCAAUCCCAGGAAAAAUAAUGGUGAUGGAGGAAAAAUGCAACGUCCGCAAUCGGGUACAGAUGUGCGUGAGAAGAGUAAUUCUCGUGGCAAACCCGAAAAGCUACAUGCAUUGAAAAGUGAACUUCACAAAACCCAGGAUGCAUCAAAAUCUUUGGAGGCUGAAUAUAUCAGAAGUCUCCAGCAGCAGAUCUACCUUCUGGAACUUGAAAAUGAGCAUAUUCGACAACAGGUUAAUGAGGCUAAAGUGUUACAGCAGAAACUGCCCACGGAGUUGGCUGAACUCAGGGCCCAAUUAGAGGAAGAAAAGACACUUAGUGAAAGCCUUCGACAGGAGCUCACUCGGAGGGAGCAAAAUGUAGCUACUUUGAUGCGACAACAAUUGGAUCUUUCUGAGCGUGUUCGCAAGACUGAAGAGGAAAAAGAAGCCCUCGCGGCCCAGCUGGUACAAGCAACCGCAGAGAAGAAUGCGCUUGCAGGAGAGAAUGUUCGUCAAACGGCUCAAAUUGGGGACCUGCGCUUAGAGUUGUAUAAACAUCAAAUGGCUCUUAGUACUACUGAGAAUCAAGUGCAGUCGCUUCGCGCUCAGAAUCCGACCACGUUACGAGAGGAUGCAACCGUUUACAGGGAAACGCGUGGACCCCCAAAGGAGUCCGAUUCACGGGAAAAACACCUAGAGUCUCAGUUUCACAGGCAAGCGGAAGACGAUAGGCAGUUGAAUGACGUACAAGAACAGUUUCUAGAAGGCAGUCUGUUUGAUUCGCCGUUGGCGCAUGCUAAAGUUGCAUCACCUAAACGUUUCUAUAAACCGAAGUAG